AUGGCAUCCCGGCUGACAUGUGGGAACAUAUCUUGCAAACCUGUGAAGUCUUCAGCUUUACUUCCUCUUCUCCAGGAGCGACAUCAGAGCAUCUCUAUUUGCGAUGACAUUCUUCUCAGCAGCCUGAACCAAGGAGUCUGUGACUAUUAUUUUGGGCCUGUGUUUCAGAAAGUCCUCCACGGCUGGAAUAUUGCAUCGUUCAAAGACAAUCUCGGCCACCCCAAGUCUGCUUUGCCAUUCUAUACUGCCGUCCUGCCAAAUUUCAUGAAAGAGACUUUCAAUAGUGAUGUUCAUAUCCGGACGCUGGUCAAACAUCCAUUUCACCACGUCGACCUGGCCAUAGCUCAUGGCCUCUCGGAAGAGUCUCUCGGUGAUAGGGACUGA